AGCAGUUUUGUUUUAUCCCUCGUUCGCAAAAUCUAAAUCCCCAAGAUUUCACCAACGUCUUCAGCCAUUUCUUGUGUCUAUAAUAUAUGUUAGCAUAUUUAAUUCUUCCCUUCUCGGAUACAAUUUUCUAAUCACCUCAUUUGUUCUGUACUCAAACUUUCCGAGCCUGCGAUAACCGACUCGCAGCAAGUUCAUACAUUCUACGCGUACCACCACGCAACGAACUACGCGCUGUUCUCUUCCUGUUACAUAUUCGGCUCUAAAAGACAAUACGAUUGCUACAGCCAUGGCGGAGGAACUUGCGGGGCUAUUCGUCCACCUAGGCGAGACUGUAUGGAAUUUAGUCUCUUUGAUCUCGGACCGCAUGGCCACCAAUGUCGGCGGGUCCAUCACCAACAUGACAGCACAGCAAUGGAUUCGUUUAAUCGCCAUUGUUGGCGCCUAUGCGCUUUUACGCCCAUAUAUCAUUAAGCUGGGUGCGAAACAUCAAGAGAAGCAAUUUGAGAAAGCCCAACAAGAAGUGGCCGAAAUUUCCCCCAAUCAGCUCCGCGGCGAGCUUGGUAUUCCCGACGAAAGUGACGAUGAUGAUGAUGACGACGCACAAGGGGAGGCAACGGCGGCAGAUUGGGGCAAAAAAGCGCGGAAACGGCAACGGAACAUGAUCAAACAGCUUCUAGACGCUGAGGAGAAGCGGCUGCAAGAGACGCUCGACGAACAGGAGGAUAAGGAUAUAGAAGAAUUCCUUGUCGACUAAGAUUUCCCUAGCACAGAAAAAGAUGCAUACGCAACCGUAUCUAAUCAACGCUCUUAAUUCACACCAACAACGGGAUAUUCUAGCUGCUACUGACCAGUCUUCACUAGCAUCCUGUGGUCACAGUCCUUUAGUCAACUGCUGGGCUAGAAAGUACUUCCCUGCUGUCCACGCAUGUCAAACCCCCGUUGAAAUUGGGAAAUGCCGACAGGGCAAGUCAUAGGAAAGAAAACUCACGUGCCUUUUGAGCCAUCCUAUAUGCACUGGUGUCCUGCUUGCUUGUCACCCGUAACUGACCUGGCAUACGAUAUGUAAGUUUUAGUACAUACAUAGCUGGCUAUGCCAUGAUAGCAACAUCAGAUCAAACAUACCUACUGCAGUGUCGCCAAGCCCUUUUCUGAUUUUAAAACCAUGCUACAUUAGUUGGAUAACGACAUACUUAGAUAGAUAUUAGUAAGCAUGCUCUAUCCCUGUUUCCCAAUGAAACCAUGCACGACUA